GCCUGAAUCCCCCACAUCAUUCCCCUCUCACUCUCGAUACAACCACGCGUUGCCAAAAUAAAGCGCGUUAUCUUCCUUCGCCUUCACCCGCGAGUUGCGUCGACCUCUCUUUCGAAAAAAAGAAAAAAGGAAAAAAGUUGGGUCGACCUCUUUGAACUCAUAUUCUAUCCCCAGUGACAACUGGACAGGUAAAUGAGAACAGCUGUAUUCCUCCACCGUGUCGGAAAGCGAUUGGACGAGAUCUAGGGCGCUCCUUCUGAAUAGGAGACAUGCCGUACCCAUAUUACCCCUCACCUCACCCAGCUUUGGGACAGCUAAGAGAGGACGAGAAAGGUUGCAGGGCAGUCGCCAGUGGCCGCACAGACACUGUAACGGCUACAUUUCUUUUUCUUUAUUUUCUUUUGCUUUUAGAUAAUUAAAUAUAAAUUGAAUUUAUCUGACAUGGCGGGUGAGGUGGUGGAAUGAUAUGACGUGUCGGUGUCCUCCCUUACCCCGCAAGCCAACCAACAAAGGUCUUCUUCGGGGCUAUAAAUGGGGACUGAGGUUGAAAUUGCUCAUCACUAUUCGGUGUACUCUCACUCUCUCUCUCUUGCUCUGCUCUACUUCUUCUUCCACAAGCCAGAGCUAGCUCCUUUUCUGGUCACAAUGGCGGUCUCGGUAUUCAGAAUGACUCUUCUGAUGGGUUUUUUCAUGGGUUUUGUGAUGGUGGGUCUGGUUACCUCGGCGAAAUUUGACGAGCUGUUCCAGCCAAGCUGGGCGUUCGAUCACCUCAUCUAUGAGGGAGAGCAGCUGAAGCUCAAGCUCGAUAACGCUUCUGGAUCUGGGUUCCAGUCGAAGAGCAAGUAUCUGUUUGGGAAGGUGAAUAUACAGAUUAAGCUUGUGGAGGGAGACUCUGCUGGGACUGUUACUGCCUUCUAUAUGUCAUCAGAGGGUCCUAAUCACAAUGAGUUCGAUUUUGAGUUUCUGGGCAACACCACCGGGGAACCCUACCUCAUCCAGACUAAUGUCUAUGUCAAUGGGGUUGGCAACAGGGAGCAAAGGUUGAACCUUUGGUUUGAUCCCACCAAGGAUUUCCACAACUACUCCAUCUUUUGGAACCCGCGCCAGGUUAUAUUUCUAGUAGAUGACACUGUGGUGAGGCAGCACUCAAACUUGGAGCACAAGGGAAUCCCUUUCCCCAAAGACCAGCCGAUGGGAGUCUACAGCUCAAUCUGGAACGCUGACGAUUGGGCGACCCAAGGCGGUAGGAUCAAAACCGAUUGGAGCCAUGCCCCAUUCAUUGCCUCCUACCAAGGUUUCCAGAUUGAUGCCUGCGAGAGCCCAGCUUCGUCAGUCUCAGCAGCUGAUUUGACCAAGAAGUGCACGAGCAGUGGCGAGAACAAGUACUGGUGGGAUGAACCGGCAUUGUCUGAGCUUAACCUUCACCAGAGCCAUCAGCUUCUUUGGGUCAAGGCCAACCACAUGGUCUAUGACUACUGCAGUGAUAAUUCUAGGUUCCCUGUGACACCUGAGGAAUGCCAGCACCACCAUCAUUAGUAGUAGUAGUAACUGAAUGAAAUGAAGCUUGGUCAUGCCACUGUAAAAAAGAACUGGGGGAAGACGCUUGUGGCGUAGAGGGGAAGGGUGAAAAUGGGAUCUAUUGUCACAUAUUAAGGAAGGGUGAAACAUGUGCUCCAUGUUUUGAUAUUCCGUUGGCUUCAUUUUGGGCUUUUGAUCAGUUCCAUGUAAGAUAUGUUAUCUUAGGGUCUUAUUAUUAAUAUGAACUUCAGUUGUGUUCCUCUUCCCUACUUCCCCCCCCCCCCCCCCCCCCCCCCCCCCCCCCCCCCCCCCCCCCCCCCUUGAACUUGUUCAGGAGCAAGUUGCAAAACGUGCAUAAUGAAGUGAACAAUGGGAGAUGGGAUGAAAUGAAAUUGAUAAGGUCUCCAUUUCCUUUCCUUCUGCUGGCAUGAUGAUGGGCUUUCAGGACAAAAACAAAACUUGAAAUGCAGAAUUGAAAGGGGUCCCCCCUCUUAUCCCUGCAAUUGGGUGGACAUUUUUGAGGACUUUACUCUCUAGAGUUCAUUUCAGUGCCACUGUGCAGGCCAGCUCUCAUUGUCCUUUACAAAUGGCUGGAAGGAAAACCACGGAUGAAUUACCUUUUCUUGUGGGUUUCAGUAUUAGUGGUGGUGAAAAGGCCAAUCAUAAGUGGUUCACUGAUUCGCUGAAGUACAAUAAUAGAGAGGGGGCAUUUCUUUUCUUCUGUUUGAGAUUCUUUUGGCCAUUUGGAGCUUUGUGGGUUCAAGGUUCUUCUAAAGGUGUGCUUCACUUCUUGUGGGGGAGAAUCAAAUGGUCCUAUCCUAUACAUCUCAAACCUUCAUUGUCCCACCACAACCAUAGCAGGCACAAGGAAAGGAAGCAACUCUAAUUGGAGGGCUUCUGUCCAAAACCAAUGAGCUCCUUCAAAACUUUUUCACCACCAAGAGAAAUGUGCAAGUAGCACCAGAUUGGUACAAAUGGGCCAGCUUUGCUGACUCAGGAUUGAUCAAAGCUGCAAUUGGAACCAAAGCAUUUACUUUUGAAAUCAUUCAUUGAGUUGGGGAUGGAAUGGAUGGACCCAAGUAAUUUAAUUUGGGACUUGACUACACAACAAACAGCAAUAAAACUCCUAGGCCAUUGGCUCUACAAAUUCAUGUAACAAGCAAUCUUAAAUAUCCCCUUCUUCUGCUGCACGGUGGAGAGUGUGUGUGGCCUGGCCUACUGCUUUUAAAAGACAACUUGUCUGCUUUCCUCUGAUUCUGAUCCAUGUCGAUAAUUCAAAGGGGAGGUGUGUGGGCACAGAUCCCAAAGCCAAUAUGGAAUGGGGAAGGAAAGUGGCCCAAAAUUUUGUUGGGUGGGGUUGGUCUGGUGAUCAUGGGUAUCUACUUACUUCUUCACGGGCCAUAAGUCCAUAACCCCAUUCAUAAAUCAUGGGUUGGCAUUUGCCCAAAAACAAAGGGAAGAUAAAAAAUGACCAAUCAAACCAUAAAAGUAUAGGAAAAAUCCAAAAGUACCACUGUUUAAUAAGAAUUUCAAAAAUAC